GUGUAACGGCGCGGCGCGUGCACCACCCGGGGAGCGAGAAAGCGCGUUUUGUAUCCGCGGGUCCGCGGCGAGGCGGCCUCCCGGAGUUGGAAAAUCGAUGGCCGAGACGAGGUGUGUCAUCGACAACGACGCGGGAUUUUCACGGGCGAGUCUGGACGCGCGCGUGUAGAACGAGGGAACGUAUCAACUCCCGGCGGCGCGGCGCGGCUGAUCGCGCGCGGCUCAGCGAGGGACGAUCGAGAGACGGAUUUCGAUCUCGGGCGGUCCUGAGACUCCCCGAAUCCGGUCGGUCGCACGCGCGAGCGCGCACCUUCGCAUCCCGGGCGGCGUUCUCAACCCUCGCCUCGCGCGCGCUCGCCGAGCCGACCCGUCCUCUCAUCAUGAUACCCGCCAACGUCAGCGCGCGUCGGCGAGCCCCUGGCAAUUGCAGCGUCGUCCGCGGCACCAACGUCCCACGGAGCCUACGCGCGAUGUAUCGGGUCAGAGUCUGCAAUCCGGACUAAGACGGCCGCGAUGACGACGACGUGCUGGACGGACCAGGAAAGUCGUACCGCAAACACAGUCUUGUUGCACUAUGACGGCUGCACCGAGGGGACUGAUAUCUCACGGCUGAAAUCGCCUUGUGAAAUCGCGCCAUUCAUCGCGCGGCCUUCGGAUACGAAGCUUCCGCGGGAAAAACGAUCGCGCGUGGCGUGCACGCUUCAGUACAACGCCGACUGUCGGGUAAGGAGCAUCUGGUGUCACUAGCCGUGCUCCGGCGUAACCGGUCGACCAACGAAGCUCACGUUCUUCGAUAAUCGGCUCCGACGUGCAGCGGGAAAAUCAGAGGCUGGUACAGAUCGACGCCCUUCUUGGAAGAAACAGUAGAACGGAUCGACGGGAGAAUUGCGUUUACGGAGAUAUAAGAUACACGAAGAAGAAAAAUGCAGAACGGAUUUGAGGUCGACGAUAACGACGUCAUUUAUAAAGAUGUUGUCAUCAUAGGAAACGGGCCCAGCGGGAUAUGUCUGUCAUAUAUGCUUGCCGGAAACUGGCCUUACUACAACGGCGAACCUCAUCCCGGCGACGAUAUGCUGACAGCGCGAUUACGGUUCUACACGACCGGCAACGAGGAGUGCGGCGACGUGUCGGACGAUGCGAACAUCGACGUGACUACCAACAAUCGUCGUCAGUGCUCCAAACCCGGCAGAACACAGGGCGGGCUAGCGCACAGCACACGGUCCAAACUCGAGUGCCUGUCCUCCGGCAUCGAGGGCAGAGGCGGUGGCCGACCGCUGGCUCUUCUCAUGGACCAGCUGCAGCAUCCAUGCGUCGACGCCGGCCUCGAUGUAGCUUCGCUACUCGAUUGGAGUUCCGCGGACGAGCAUCCCGAACACAGGAUCGUGGAUCACGUUGUCCUUGGCAAGGGCCAACCUGGCGGUGCCUGGCAGUCUAUGGAUCCCAAUGUACUCACCAUCAGUCUGAGUCGAUGGAUGUCUCUCCCUGAUUUGGAUCUGAGGCACUGGGAGAAACUCGUCGAGGUCGAACACUUACAAAAGUCGGUUUUAGCGGAAAGCGACAUUUAUGCGCGGCUAGAAAAACUGAGUGUUUGUAAGGCGUCUAGUCGAGUUUCCAUGGGUACCGUAGCAGCUUAUUACAAGGACUACGUGCGCAGAAAAGGCUUGAAACAAUACUUCCGAUGUGGGACCACAGUUACCUCAGUAAGACCGAACCCGGAGAGCAAAGGAGGAUACAAUUGGAUUGUAGACGGGUACGAAAAUAAAAGUGGAAAGCGAUUUCGGUAUUGGUGCAAAAGGGCGGUUCUCGCAACCGGCUCGACCGAUUUAUCGAAUCAUCUAAACAUCCCAGGGGAGAAUAUGAAUCCCAAAUGGGUGACACACGAUCUCAAUGAUCUGGAGACUCGAUUGGGACGUUUGGUCGACGAAUAUGAAUUCGAUUUGUUCUCAUCUGAGAAACCGUUAACCGUAGGCCAAGAGUUGACCGACGAACAGAUUCCACCCGUGUUAGUAAUCGGAGCUGGUCUGAGCGCGGCCGACGCGAUUAUGGCUGCGCGUUUUCGAGGCAUACCCGUGCUGCACGCAUUCCGCCACACGUUGAAUGAGUGGGGCAAACAGACCGCCGAGAGGAUAACUACUAGUUACGAUCGAUUGCAAUGGCUGCCGGAUUCCAUAUAUCCGGAGUAUCAUAAAGUGUACGAGAUGAUGGCUGACGGAGGUACAAAUUAUUCUCUGUACAAGUCGUUGCCUGGAUACACGCUCGUCAGUCUCUGUGAGAAUCGCGAGAAUGGAAACACGCAUACAAGGAGGACAGCCACUCUUGCUGCUCCUGACGGUCGGCUGCACACAUUUAAAGUAUCCAUUGCGGCUAUUCUUAUCGGAUACAAACCAGACCUAUCAUAUUUGGAAGGUGGCGGCAUAGGAUUGGGUAAAUUUGCAAGUAAGCCGAUCAAUAGUAAAUCGAAUCCAAUUGAAAUCGACGAUUUCACAUACGAAGUGAUCAACGCGCCGGUAAAAGGACUUUACGCAUUAGGACCUCUAGUCGGUAACAAUUUCGUUCGCUUCGUUCUGGGUGGUGCGCUUGGAAUUCUGGCGCACAUUCUACAUACCACAAAUACCUGAGAGAUCUGACAGCCACUCGCGCGACUCGAUCGUAGCUUAGUAAAAUUAUUUUUAACGAGUAACAAAGAAAAAUGAGCUUUGAAAGUUAAACGCGAUUAGUUGUGCAUGAAUUAAUGUUAUGUAAUAUUUGUAUUAAUAAUAAUUUAAUAUAAAGUAUAAAUUGUACGUUUUGCCGUUUUGAGCCAUCUUUAUUUCACUUCUCUUUGCCGGUUAGUAUCAAUUUUCAUUUCUAAUCCGAAAAUUAUGCUGAUUGUGAAUAUUAGCAGAAUUUUUCUGGUAUUUUCUCUUGAAAAUGAUGCUCCUUUGUACAUUCAGUUUUUAAAUACUUACCCUAUAAUCUUUUGUCGGAGAACUAGAGAUUGUUUCAUUUAUCUACCGUGUAUCGGUGAAGAUGGUUUAAAGUAGAGCCGAAACGUACGAUUUAUAAUUCAUAAUUUAUAAUUUAUAAUUUACGAUUUAUAAUUUAUAUUAAUUUAUUAAUUUAAUAUUACAUAACAUUAACUCGCGUACAACUAACUUGACUCGCAAAGCCCAUUUUUCCUUGUUACUCAUUAAUUUUAAUAUCGAGAGUCUUUAGACUUAGAUAAUUAAUCAUGUAUCAAAAUUAUUUUAUAUGUAGACAUAUUGUCAAUGGCAUCGUGUGACUUCUGCUCAAUUCGUGUGAGUGCUGAAUAACUACCCUCUUAGUUCUUAAACUUUACAUAAAGAGAAUGCUUGGUAAAUCUGUUUGUACAUACUAUUAAAAUUAUUUUUAUAUUCCUUUCCAUAUUACCAUUCGCGAGGAAACGAUCGAUUUUUUAGUGUAUAUAACUAUUUAAUUGUUCAAAAUAUCUCCUAGUGAAAGGUAAAUGGCGAAGAGAUUACAAGAUUUACUCAGCGAGUAGUGACUUACAACGUGCGGAAAAAGAUGAUAGUUCAAAUGCUACCUUAGGUCUAUUUUAAAUCUGUUCGCGCUUGUUAACAUUCCAUUUAAUAAGGAAAUUAUCUAUGGGAGAUGGUAUCGAUGAUAUGACUCGCACCUAAAUUUGACAAUUGUCAUAUUAUUGAUAAAUUUGUCAUGACUAUACAUUAUCUCUCCAGAAAUACACCUUAUUAGAUUCCACACUUUGUAGAGUGUACAUACAGUUAAUACAUAACUGUUGGAGUCUGUAUUGUAACGAGUUUCGAAAAGAAAAACGAAUAAUACAACGAAACUCUUGACAUAAAUUCUAAUAUUAUAUACGUAUUUAGGAUUAAUCUAUGUUUGCCUUUUUACGAUUAAGUUAAAAAUGCUUUUUAUGCACAUUUAUCUAUACACGAUUUAUAUGUAGAAUUGCUUUUAAUAACUUUUAUUUUCGUGGGGUUAGAAAGGAUAUUUAUAUACCCAGACGCAUGACUCAAAUCGGGACGUAUGACGUCUUAAAGACGUCUUAAUGACAUCUUUAAGAUAUCUUAUGUUCCAAUUUGGGACAUUGUGUUCACUAGGUAUUCUUAUUAGAAUGUCCGGGCAGUUGUGCUUAUCGAAACGCACAAGCAUUUUUUAUAUUGCGCAUUUUUAUUUCCUGACAAUUUGCAAAUGAGAACACGCGUGAAUUAGACAAUUGCAGACGCAUCUUUUACGUAACAUCUUUAAUCCGCCGUGUAAUAUGCCUUUACAUCUCUUAUUAAUAAGCUGUGAUUACUUUAGUGAAAUAGGCUAGUAAUGUUUUGUUGUUAGUAUAAGUAUAAGGUAUAUGAUAUGUAAUACUACCUUUUUAGUACAAAACGUUUCCAGAAAAACUUAUUUUUUUAUUACUUAAUAGUUUUUAUUUACACUUAAUUUAGAAACAGCGUGCCUUAUUGCUUAUAUUUUACAUUAUUUUAUUUAUGAUAUGCGAUAUACAAUUACAUAUGUACAAUUAUAUUAAUUAAGUUUUAUGUUAAUUAGGUUUAUUCAGUUUAAAGAUGAUUAAAAAAAAGAGAAAUAUACUUUUCAUAAUUUUAUUACAUUUCAAAUGGAGAUUUUAUUGCUCUUUGAUAAUGUAUCGUGAAAAUGCGAGAAAUAUUAUCUUGUUAUGUUAAACAUGCGGUAUGUAAACUUAUAUGUUAAUACGUACUUUAAAAGUAAGCCUAAAACGCGUAUUCAAUAUAAUGUUAUGAUACAUUUGAUAUUAGCGGUCAGGCGAGAUAUUGUAGCGUAUACAAGAGAUAAACCGAACAUUGAAGCGUAUCAUUUAUAGCAUAGAAACAUGUGGUUUUUAGAAGUUUUAUUAAUACGAAAGUUGAUAUAUAUUGAUAUAUUAGCUAAAUGACGACAGGGAUAUGUAUGGAUACUUAAUACGCAAUCUGUGAUAGGAAAUGCAAUGUUCAAGAAGCGAUGAAGUAGAAAAGAGACUACGUAAAUAAAACUUGAGCACCAUUAUAUUUGGUAGACACGUAUUUUUACAUGCAGAAUGAGGAGCGAUUUAUAUAAGAAAUAUUAUAUUGGUAUAUAAUAUUAUAUAGUUUAAACGAAAUAAUGGAAGGAAUCACCAUCCGAAAUCACAUCUGUCUCUUUGAUAGAACGGUAGCGGACAAUCCCACUUGUCACAAGAAGCUCCUAGUGAACUUUAAAAUACCAGGAAAAAAUCGUAUUGUUACUUCUUAUGGUGUUUGAAAAAAAAAAACAAUUUGUAAUACCUUAUAUAUAGACCAUUCUGUGUAUGUGUACACAAGAAAAUGAGCAGAAUUUAUAAGGACUUAAUUAGUCAUUGUUUUAUUAUGGAAUGAUGAUUUAACAAUUGGAUGUACAGAAUAGUUUACAAUACAGAUAUAAAAAGUUAAAACGCAUUUUUUUUCUAUUAUGCGAUAUUACACGAAAAAAAAAUAAUUUAUACACGUUAUCGCUAUAAAAAAAUAUACAUUCAAGUGAGAUAAAUAAAUUAUUCUAUCAUAAAUCUUAUUUUUGCGAUCACUCUUAGUAUACAUUAGAAGAAUAAAAAUACAGCGGGAUUAUCUAAAUAAAAUUGCAGGGAUUACGAUAUAUCAUGUGUGGAGGAUUGUUUUAAAGAUUAACAUCGAUUAAAAAGAUUAAUGCCA